GUGAUUACUAAAUUCUUUGUCGGGAAAUAUAUAUUUUUCUGCAACGAAUUUCGGACGUGAAAUAUACGUUUUACGUAACGAGCUAAAUGUUAAUGAAAAGACAAUUUUGUGACAGUGUUAAGAAAAAGUACGAACAAUUAGGAACAUGAAAUUUGUACCCUGGUGCUUAUUGGUACUUUUGUUGUUCCAAAUUACGACAGGGAAGAAGCGACGUCACAAGGGAACGCAGUGGUGGUCUUUAGCCAAGACUGGAGAGCCGUCUAAUGAUUUAUACUCACCUACAGCCCAGGCUCAUAUAUUUUCGUCCCCGACACUGCUGCCACUUACGAAAAAACAACGAAGAUUGGUUACGAAAAAUCCUGGUACGAUUCUCGCAAUUGCAAAAGGUGCCCGGAUGGCGGUUGACGAAUGUCAGAAUCAGUUUGAAGAUAGACGAUGGAAUUGUUCCAUACAAGAAAACGGACAUGGGGGUUCAAUAUUUGGAAAGAUAAUUGAAAGAGGUUGUCGGGAGACAGCUUUCAUCUAUGCAAUAACAAGUGCAGCAGUCGCACAUUCUGUCGCACGCGCAUGCGCGGACGGAAGUAUUUACACAUGUACAUGCAAUUACAAUCUUCGACAACCACAUGGCGUGGACUGGGAGUGGGGAGGAUGCAGUGACAAUGCCAACUUUGGAAAGAAGUUUUCAAGGAAAUUUGUUGAUGUAGCAGAAAAGGGGCGUGACUUCCGAUACAUGAUGAAUCUGCAUAAUAAUGAGGCCGGUAGACGGCACAUAAAGCGUGAGAUGGAGAGAGACUGUAAAUGUCAUGGUAUGUCAGGAAGCUGUACUAUAAAGACUUGUUGGAUGAGGUUACCAGUGUUCAGAAAAGUCGGUGAUAUUCUUAAAGAUAGAUUUGAUGGUGCGUCCAGAGUUUUACCAGGAAAUGAGGGACGAAAUGACGCAGAAGCAAACAACAAUGGUGGCCGAAGAUCUAAGAAGAAAUUGAAGUUGGAACCGGCUGACCCUAAUCAUAAGCGUCCUGACAAGAGGGACUUAGUGUAUUUUGAAGAAUCUCCGGACUUCUGUGAGGCUGAUGAUAGUGCGGGAACAUUAGGAACAGUAGGAAGGGAAUGCAAUGCCACAUCAAUUGGGAUUGAUGGGUGUGACUUAAUGUGUUGUGGGCGUGGUUACAAAUCUGAGACAUAUACAGUUAGGGAAAGGUGUAGCUGCACGUUUCAUUGGUGCUGUGAGGUUAAGUGCAAAAUUUGUACAAGGACGAAAAUACGGCACACAUGUCUGUAAGCAGGAUUGAGCAAGUGUUAUGGAAAAGGGUCAAGUAAAGGUGGUGCUAAUAAAUAUGUCAAUAGUGUUCGUAUUGAAUAUAUGAUAUUCGAGGAACUAUAUAAAGGGUCAUAAAGGGUCGAAAAAUGCCUCUUACAUGUUAAACCAUAUUAUAAUUAUGCCGGAAUUGUACUCAUUAAGGAAACAAUCAUGGUUACUAACGGUAACGAUAGCUUAAUGUGCUACGUAAAUUGUGCAACAUUGUUACGUAACGUACACAUCAAUUGCAUAUUAGUGUUCAACAACAUUUUGUGUGCUAAAUUGUGUAGUUAUUGUGAUACAAAUGAUGUAUAAAGGUGUCUGCCUUUCUGUAUGUCUUAAUGACUAUCAUAUUUAAAAGCUAUGCAAACUUUCUCGUGUUCUAACUGUUAUUUGUAUUAUUGGCAUUGUAAAAGUUAUGUACAUAUAUAUGGUUUAUACAUUUCUUUAAGUUGAUGCAAUGACCGUUUUUUUGUAAACCUUACAUUUACAACAUUUUCGCUACUGCCUGCAUAUUAUCGUUUAUGAUAUUUAGACAUUUACUUGAUUUUCAUUCGAUAUUUUUAAAGAUAUUUUAGCCUAACUUAGAUGUUGCAUCACGUUGAAGUAUUUAAAACGCGCUGUCAAAUGCUCUGCAUUUGUAGAUAUGAUAAAAAUAGAAUACAACUUACAUUCUGAUCUUAAGACACAUUUUGUAACAAGAAAGAACACAAAAACGCUUUAUUUCUAUUGGCAAUUUGUAGAAAAUAACGUUUCAACUCUUGCUCAUUUUAAAAUAACCCCCUUAGUAGUAAAGAAAGAAAAGUACCAACAAAUGCAAAUAAUGUUGUCAUGGCUUUGGGCAACAUCAGGAUCAAAAUCUGCAGCUGAUUGUGCAUGUGCAUCUAUAAAACAGGUAUAUUGUAUAAAAUAAUUCAUAAUGUGCUAUUCGAAGACAAUUCGUCUACCGCAUAUGUGUCAAUAUCAAAUAGCUUAGUACAUGCACUAACAAUAGAUCAAUCACUGCUUGCAGCCAAUGAUUAUAGCCGUCCCUACCUAACUACAUAGUCUUUUCAAUAAAAAUUGGCACAUAAUAAAAUUCUUGGCGAAAGGGAUAAAUAUUAGUGUUUUUAUUUUAAUUAUGUUUGUACAAUAUUAAAAAUGUCUUGAUACUACUUUUUCUUUGAAAUAUAAGAUUUAUGACAUCAAUGGAAAACGCGAGUAGGGUUUAUACAUUUACACUCUUGUUGGUUUAAUUACUCAUUGGUUUUAUCAAAUUUAGUGCCAUAGAUUCUAAUGUAUUUUGUACACUCUGUUUUAUCCAAAAAUGCUUAGCAUAAUGUAUCAAAGCCAGUUAUGUAGAUGAUUCUAACCUCAAAAUCUGCAGGAAAAGUGAAAAUUUGUCAUUUAUCCAAUUAUUUAACGCUUAGGGAUUGCCUUUACUUUUAAUAAUUAAAACAAAUUGCAUAGGUUUAUUAAGCGCUCUUGUUAAUGAGUGUAAAAAUUGAUUUUUAUGUAAAAAUUAAGCUUUAUUUUUGGGAGCGUAAAAUGGGUCUUGGUGUAUACAUUAAGCGCUCUUGUUUGGGGUUAAAAAAGUUUAUGUGCAUACAUUUCAAAAGUGAUAUCAGUUAAGCUGUCAUUUAAAAUGACAUAUUUAUUGGUCAGUAGAUUUGUAAGAAUUCUAUGUUUGACAAAUGGAUUUGUCAUCCAUUUAUUUCGUAUUUAAGUUAUUGUCUUUGUUCAUAUCUGUAUCAAGUUGUGAAAGUUUUGUACAUAUGUUUUCUAUAAUUUAUUGUUUUACAAAAAAAGAACAUUGUGUAAAUAGC